GUUCAUUUGCGAGCAAAGAUCCUGUGCUCUUCAGCCACCGUAACAAAUUUCUUCUCCACCACAAAACGGUCACUCUCUCUGUAAUUACAACUGCAGCAGUUGCCCGCCUUUUUUCGCCGGCAAGUUCAUCCGUUUGUUUCACGCAUCCGCUGCAACAGAUUCAAACGCGUGAUCUCUUUUUCCUUCAAUUUUAAGGAGUGUUCUGGUUGUGCAUAGAGGUUAUUGAACUGAUCGAUUGGAGUGGAACUGUUGGAAGCGGCAAAAUGUGUUGGGUGUUGUGGCUGAAGAGUGAAGACCCAUAAAAAGUCUAUUUCUGUUAUUCAUAUACUCCGUAUUUCUGUACCCCAAAGAGAGUCAUGUUUGACAAAUCUACAACUUUUUUAUUUUUCUAAGUCUUUUCAUGGGAAAGAAUUUUGGAUCCCAAAAGGGAUUGGGCAUGCGUCAGAUGAUGAGACAGUCUUUGAUGGAUCAUCCACACUUGGACCAAAGCGGACCCACCAGUGGUUAGCAGAAACAACUGAACAAGAACUAAUUUCUAACAAAAAACAAGCCAUUGAAGCUUCCUCAGUCAGCAAGUCAAAUUCAAGUUUUCUAUCUUGGGAUAACUUGUCCACUUUUCAGCCCGUCCCAAACCAAUUCGUAGGUCGGCUUUUCGGAUCAGAACAAAUGGUGGGGUCAGUAAGUUUAGGUGAAAGAAACUUGAGGGAAAAGGUGAUCGGUGAAGAGCUUGGGAAUGAUACGUUUGUUGGUUUGUCAAUGUCUUACAAUAUCGAAGAACCUGAGUCAUGCAUUAAUUACGGUGGAGUUGGAAAAGUAAAAGUUAAUCAGGUUAAGGAACAAAAUAUCGGUUUUCCCAUGAAUCAUCAGGAGGUAUACAAUGAGAGAUCUGAAGAAGCUUACAUAUCAGUGAGGCAAGGUUAUGGUAAGCAAGGAGAAGACUGUAAUAACAACUCUCUAUUCAGUGGAUAUCAAGAGGAUGCUGAUAUCGAUGCCCUAGGAAGACCAAUUAGCAGCUAUGAAUAUUUUUAUAAUCAAUCCACGGUUCAAACAACCCAAGCUGAAGUCGACAAGGAUUUAGAUAGAUCAAAUUUGAACACAACAAUUGUUUGCCAGGCUCAAGUUACUAAAUCCAUUCCGAAGACAAAGUCAGAUGGAAAACCUGCUAAGAAAGAAGCCCCAAACAGCUUUCCAUCAAAUGUUAGAAGUUUGAUGUCAACAGGGAUGCUUGAUGGGGUGCCUGUGAAAUAUGUUUCUGUUUCUAGAGAGGAGCUGCCUGGGGUUAUAAAAGGUUCUGGAUAUCUAUGUGGCUGCCAAACAUGUAACUAUUCUAAGGCACUGAAUGCUUAUGAGUUUGAACGUCAUGCUGGUUGCAAAACAAAGCACCCAAAUAAUCACAUAUACUUUGAGAAUGGUAAGACCAUUUAUCAGAUUGUCCAGGAGCUAAGAAGCACAAGAGAGAGUGAGCUGUUUGUUGCUGUUCAGUCUGUUACUGGCUCCCCUAUCAACCAAAAAGCUUUCAAAAUAUGGAAAGAAUCAUACCAAGCUGCUACUCGUGAACUUCGGCGGAUCUAUGGAAAGGAAGAACUGAAUUUGUAAGUGGUACUUUUGGGGAGGGAGGGGGUCAGUGUUGCUUGUAAGGUCAGAUGUUUCUAUUGUGUACAGAACACAUUUCCAUUUUUUGUGGCAAUUUUGAAUUUAGAAGACACAUCUUGAUGGACUUGUCAUCUCAUUUUGUAUAUACAAGUACAUGCAAAAGUGCUGAUAGGGGGGUGAACAUGGUUCUGGUUCAAACUGGAACUGGCAGUUUUGGAAUUGAACUGGAAAUGGUGUAAUCAAAACUGAACCAGAUGUUUAUAAGGUUACUGUUUAAUGGGUUCUAAUUCAAAUUAUGUUUCUUUU